AUGAUAGCAUACAUUCCCCAACCCACGUCCGACGCAUCCGCAGAAUCCUUCCGCUUUCUCGACCUCCCAGGAGAGAUUCGUAACAACAUUUAUGGUCGCAUCCUUACCGUCAAGCCUCCGCGACGAGGCUCCGAGACCCUACCGCUGAAGAGCCAAUUGAGUACCCAGAUCCUGCGAACGUGCCAUUUCAUUAGAGCCGAGGCGGGAUAUGUGUUGCGAAGGACGAAUCUGUUCGUCAAGUUCAGGAGCAACCUCCCAAGUAUCCUGUACUCGGUCUUCAGAAUUAGGGGGAACAUACAACUCUGGAGACUGAAGCCGAAACAUGCUGAAGAUUUCCGGGCCUCGGUGGUGUCCUACGAAAUUACUAUACCACAGUCACCACACGACAGGUCGAUGGUCUUCGUGCUUCUACAUCGCGAUCUGGAGCCGUUCUGUUCGCAACUUGCCGAAGCGAACCAGAUACUCCUACUGCAUAAAGUCACGGUCCGCGACUCUUAUUGUUCGCCAGACCAGGAGUCGCUUCUCUCUGAAAGGCUGCAGGAGCAGCUCAUAGCGCCCUUUCGAGCCACAUUUCGAAAAUCGAUCUUCGAAUUCGAGGGUGUUACGCAAAGGUUGAAGUUGGCUGCGGAACAAGACAUCACACGGCCAUUGCCAGUUGACCCAGAGAGUGUGUUCCGACACGUACGGUACCUGAGCGCUGAAGGAGCAUCUUUUUUCGUCCGCACAGGCUCCCCAUACUGUCGGCACAUGUUGAAAAGGGGAAAUGAAUACUGGAACGAGGCUCUGUGGACGAUACAGCGAGUUAUGAAAGAUGAAGCUUACCAAAGCUUCAGAGAGGCCGGCGGCGCAGAGUUGCUAGAUCGACUGACAGAACUAUCCUUCAGGCUCAACCUGAACCAGGCCGAGGAAUACCGGCAAUGUAUGCGGCGCAGCGAGGGCGAUCAAGAGGCCCUUGACGGAUUUGAGUCGAGGGUGUCUCAUGCCGUAGGGGACGCGAUGGCCCUCCUACGUAAUUACCCCGACAGGACCUGGCAGCCAAGUACUGAGCAACUUGGAACACUCGCGUAUUCGAGAGCAGUCGCGUGUCGACUUAGAGGAGAUCCCUCGAUGCUCAGUCAAGCAGAAGCUUCCAUCCGAGAGGCACUAACGCUACUGCCCAAUGACGGGUCGGUCUGGUUUGAAAGAGCGGAAUACCGACCAAUCAUAAACAAACCGAAUGGUGUUGUCCGUCUAAUUAUGAAGAAGAAGAAGAAGAAGAAGAAGAAGAAGCAGCAGCAGCAGCAGCAGCAUCUUCGCUACCUAUCCUCGAUCAAUCGGCCGAUACUAAGAAUGAAAACUAUAGCAAUAACAACUCAAAACGACAGGACCCCAGCUACGGUAUUCGACGCCUUCCGAAAUGAGCGGCUUCUCUCAUCUACGUCAAAGGCAAGCACGGCAUGGCAUAUUCCCGUCAAAAAGAACAUCCACCCAGAAAUGGAGUUGGAUAUCAAAAGAAAAAACAGAUCUUCGAAUCUUAUUGUGUGA